CGCGGCGCCGCGCCGGCGGCGCCGCUCUCGCCGCCGCGGCCCUCGCCGCUGCGGCCCGCGCCGCCGAGGCCGAGGGCUGGGUCGGCCUGGGCAACACCGGCGAGGUCCACAUCGAGGAUGGCGUGGACAAGUCGCCGAUUCGGGUCUCUGGCGGCAGCGGGAAGGGCCUCGGGGACGACGAUUCUUUCAAGUUGCCAGGCUACGCAGAUUCCCUGCAUGCGGAUCCAGCGUGUUUUGAAGCUGACCCUGAGUGGGCAGAGUACCGCCUUGCGUUGCAGAUGGAGUACCAGGACCCAGAGAUGGACGAGGACAUGAAGGCUUUGACAGCCUGGCAGUUUUUCAUGGACUCUGGGUUUAAGCAGUUCAAGGUGCUAGACAAAAAGGCAAAUUCGUGUUUCCUCGGAAUCUGCGCCACCUUGUACCACGUGGCCCGGCACCGUAUGAUGGUGGAGGGUAUGUACAACAGCGCCGUCGCCCUUGCCAAAUCUCUGGAUCGCUUCGUGGCGUCAAUCCACCCCAGUAAGUUUGAUGACGCCAACAAAGUUGACACUGGUGGUUCCUGGUGGCCCGUGAGCGACCAGAUGGUGGGACGGCUCAUGCGGGACAUCGCCAGAGAGAGCCGAGGGCGCAUGUUGGAUACCAAUUGCGGUUCGGAGAGGGGCUGUGUCAAUGGCACCAAGCCCCUGCAUGGCAACGCCUUCCACGCGAUGGCCAACGACACCUUGCCCGUACGAGGGCUCGGGCCCGAUGAGGAGGUUCGGUGAUUUGAAGCACACCUAAAGUAUUGCAACAUUUUUAUCAAUGCUGCGAAAAGCUGCUAGAACAUCAUCGGUUUCACAUUACGCGAGCGAAAAGGUAGACGUUUUCCCUAGCAGCCUUUCGCGCUGAGAAUUCUCCAGCAGUGUUUUUAAAAGUGUACACGCAAGGGAGGGGGUCCCUGCAGCUGCCUAUGCAAUACCGCUGUGCUCGGAUUGGGCUCGGAACGCAACUCUGGUACUCGCGCCGCCCACGUUCUCAGGAUGGUAAGCGAGUCCGAAGAGGGGUGGGAACAGGCACUGGAGUACGAACAGAAGUAGAAGCAAUUGCGAGUGCACAAAGGUUUGGUAAGUUUGUUCGAGUUGCCUGGAGGUGCCGACAAUGGCCUCGGCUUUCAAGGUGUACGUGUACGACGUAGAUGAUUUACGAGGAGCUCGGAGUUCUAGCGUCUGGUCUCGCAUUCUGCAAGGACAACCAGUGGGGGUUCGAGGUGUUGCUACACCUGUAUUUUCUGGCGUGCGAUUGCCGCACUGACGACCCAACAGAGGCUGAUUUCUUUUUCGUGCCGCAGUACACCGCGUGCCAUUUGAAUCUGAAGACGUUUUCAGAGGAAGAGAGUAAUGCUCUGUUCGAGUCGCUCAUUCCCAAACUGAAGCACUUCAAGCGUUCGGAUGGCCGGGACCACGUAUUCGUUUGGGGCGCGGGAUUCGCUGUAGACGGGCCGUUCCAGAAUUGGAGGAGCUACAUACAGCGCUCAAUAUUUUUGAUGACAGAGACAGAAUUCUGGAACCCAUACAAAUGGCAGAUUCGGAGCAAUUACAAUGCUGCAAAAGACAUCGUCUUGCCGGGCCGCCUGUCCAUCAGGGAAAUCAAGCAGCAUCAUGAGAAUGCUGUUCCCAUGGGCAUGCGAGCUUACGUGGGCGAUUUCGUCGGGUGGAAUCGGCCAUUGCAUCAUUCGCAGGGGACUGCUGAGAGUCCGAGACAGCGGCUGCUGAAGUGGGCCGCUCGCUUUCCCGACAUGCACAUUCGCCAGGACGUCCCAUACGCCGAGGCGCUAGAGGGCAGCGUGAACUCCAGGUUCUGUUUCGUGCCGCGCGGCAAGAGCGCGUGGUCGAGCCGCAUGUUCCGAGUAUUGUUCGGAGGUUGCGUGCCCGUCUUGCUGAACGAUGACUACGAGCUGCCGUUCCAGGCGCUGUUGGGGAGCGCGGAGGAGUGGCUGAUCAGGUGGCCGAUGCGCGAGGUGACCGACGAGCUUGCGGACACGCUGCGGAGGCUCGACACGAAGACGCUUGAGCAAAUGGUCCGACACGCACGAGAGCCGAGGUGUUGGUAUGUGUGGCCACCGCCCACGGUGGACGCCUCCCAUUGGGAGCUGGAGGACGGGGACUUGGAUGCAAUUUGCCCCGAGUGGCGCACGAAGAAUGCCUUCGUGGCGACGAUGGCGCUCCUGGCUCCGAAGCGAAGAACGACGAAGGCCAGCUUCAAGACGUUCUACGCGCCGCGUGGGCCCGGCGAAGGGCGGCACUUCGUGGACGCGCAGCGCAACCCAGUCUGACGCCCUCUCUGCGAUCGCCCGCUCCGCGCAGCCUCGAGGACAUCGGCUGCGCUGCCGUCCGCGGGUGGCGGCAGCACGUCGCAGCGGGCGGCGGGAGGGCCGCGCCUCCGGCCUCCGCGGCGCGCCUCGCUGGCGUGCGCCUCCCGACGCCCGGACCCCGCCGGGCGCGGGCUCUCGCGGCAGGCAGUCCGCCGGUGCUGCGCGACGUCGACCUGGCCAGGCCGCUCGCGGGCUCCUGCGAUCCCGCGCCAGCGCCAGCCGCCUUCAGCGAGGGCCCUGCGCGCCCCCGCCCGCGCGCCAGCCGCCCCAGGCGGGCCAUGCCCAAGCUUUGGUCAGAGGCUGCAGCCGGAGUGCAUCGCCCAGGGUGGCGUUGCACUGCUGCACGCGCACUCGCCCUCCGAGCCUCCUCCCGACAUGCACAACCAGCUGCUCCGCCACCAGCUGCGCUCCCGCGCGCGCGCUCGGAGGCGGAGGCGACCAGGCAGCGAGCGCAGCGGGAGGGACGCGCGUUGAGGCUCCUGCAGCGAGGUCCAGAGCGUCCCAGAGGCCCGUCGAGGGGAAUCAUCACCGCCCUCGUGUCCUCGUCCUGCCUUCCUCGCCCCCGUCCUGCCCUCCUCGUCC